AUGCCCUUGUGCUUCCCGGACCCGCCGGAACGAGGGCAACUCCACGAACCAAAGAUACAGACUUCGGGCAGAGUCAACACAUUUGGCCAGGUCUCUGUUCGAUUCCAUCACAACCCAAGGCGCCUGGAGCAUUGGUUCAAGAAUGCGCAGCACAGCCUGGUGCGCAAGGCAAAUCUAGCCAGUGAUCCACGACCCUCCGUUCCGCCGCACAAUCUCGCGGACCUUCCUUCGCCGCGACUCAAUAUUGCUAUCCAUAUAUGUGGCUCCAGAGGGGAUGUCCAGCCCUUCAUACCCAUUGCCAAAAUCCUCCAAGCGCCUCCGCACAACCACCGCGUACGAAUAUGCACUCAUCCAGCCUUCGCCGACUUCGUGAGAAGCAAUGGAAUCGAGUUCUUCUCAAUCGGAGGCGACCCAGAAGCUCUCAUGGCAUACAUGGUGAAGAACCCCGGCUUGCUUCCAGGAAUGGAGAGCAUCAAGGCUGGCGAAGUAAGCAAAAGACGAAAGGAAAUGGCAGAAAUACUUGAAGGCACAUGGCGCAGCUGCAUUGAGGCUGGAGAUGGGCUAGGACCCCGAAUUCCCGCACUAGACGUGGACAACACCGAGAGUCUGUUCCUUGCAGAUGUCAUCAUCGCCAACCCACCAUCAAUGGGCCAUAUCCAUUGCGCAGAAAAGCUCGGCAUACCUUUGCACAUUGUCUUCACCAUGCCGUGGUCACCUACCAAAGCUUUCCACCACCCAUUAGCCGCCAUGGAUUACGGAGAUGCCGACAAGUCCGCUGCAAACUAUGCCAGCUUUGCCGUUAUGGAAUUAAUGACCUGGCAAGGACUUGGAGAUCUCAUCAAUAGAUUCAGAACACAGACCCUCAAGCUCGACACAAUGAGCCCGCUAUGGGGGUUCCAGCUGCUUCAAAGACUAAAAGUUCCUCAUUCGUAUCUCUGGUCACAGACCCUCAUUCCCAAGCCGGCAGAUUGGCCUGCACACCUCAACGUAACAGGGUUUUCUUUCCUCAAGGCUGAUCCAUCCUACACACCACCCGACGACCUCGUCGCAUUCCUCGAAAAGGGCCCAACUCCGAUUUAUGUUGGAUUUGGUUCCAUUGUCGUGGAAGACCCUUUGAAACUAACUGAACUUAUCUUCGAAGCUAUCAAGUUAGCUGGAGUACGUGCAAUUGUGUCAAAGGGGUGGGGUGGUAUAGGCACAGGUAAGGUGCCUGAAAAUGUCUACAUGAUUGGUAAUUGCCCUCACGACUGGCUCUUUCGAAAUGUCUCAUGCGUAGUUCAUCAUGGCGGCGCAGGGACAACAGCGGCAGGCAUCGCGCUUGGCAGACCCACUGUGAUAGUCCCUUUCUUUGGCGAUCAGCCGUUUUGGGGACAGAUGAUUGCCAAAGCCGGUGCUGGACCAAAGCCUAUCCCAUUCAAAAAACUGACGGCGACGGACUUGGCCGAAAGUAUCAAGUUCGCGUUGCGACCCGAAGUUGGCGUAGCUGUCAAGGACAUGGCUUCUCGUAUUUCAAAAGAGGACGGAGCUUCUGAGACGGUACGCGACUUUGAGAGGGCACUGAAUGUAGAUGAGAUGAGGUGUCAUAUCUGCCCAGAUCGCUUAGCAGUGUGGGAGAAUAAGAGAUCUGGAAUCCAUCUUAGUGGACUGGCAAUGGGUAUCCUUGCUCAGCAAGGUUGCCUUAACCCCAAAGACCUACAGCUACUACGUCACAGACAUUGGUAUACUCAUGAAGGCGCUGAAGUGCCGAUUAUUGGUGCAGCAGCAGCAGUUUCCGGCUUCUUUACCUCUGUUGCGGCCAACACGUCCGACUUCUCUCAUCGCCUGAAAAGAGAAACUCCUGAGAGCAAUUGUUCAAUACCGACACAAGUCGAUCCACUGAAAGAGCAAGUACAAGAACAGGCAGACGAGAAGGAGUGGAGUUCUGUUCGCUUGUCGAAAGUUGCCGAGCGAAUGGCUUAUAAAUCUUUCAAGGGAAACUGGAGAGACAGCCUUGACAAAGACACUAGGAUGCGAAGAACACGUAAGUUGCAGGCUGCCCACGCUGCCAAGGCGGCUGAGCGAGGAAGAGCCCAUGUAGUGACCAGCGCAACUCUGCAUUACGCUGGAGAUCUAGCCAAGACCAGUCUGCAAGCGCCGGUGGCCUUAUUCUACAACUCGGCAAACGGCUUCCGCAACGCUCCUUCCUACCUAUUAACCAACGAAGGAAUACGACGCCGCGAUGAAAUUGUUGGUUGUGGUAGCGGCCUCGAAGUUGCUGGCAAGGAGUUUGUUAUGGGCAUGUUCUCAGCUUUUAUUGGGCUCGUGAAACAUCCCUAUGUAGGCACGAGAGUUGAAGGACCGCUCGGUCUAGUGAAAGGCGUAGGGCGAGGUCUUGGUGGAUUCCCCUAUCACAUAUUGGGCGCGGUCUUGGGUAUACUUGGUUAUUCACUCAAAGGCAUAGAGUGUGAAUUGUCAAAAGGCCGUCUUACUUCGCUACAGGCUGAGCUGUAUUUGAUUAGACUUCGGCAAGCGGUUCAUGACCUCAGAACGGCAACACAGGAAGAAAAAGAGGAUAUAAUGGAGAAAUGGAAGGCCAUGCAUGGCCACAAGUAG